CGAGUCUCUGCCCAUAGUUUAGUUUAACGCGAUGUAAGUCUGUGUAAACUGUCAUGACUGUUUAUUCAUUGAUUCAAUAAUUUAUUUUUCUGUUAGCCUAUAAAAUUAGUGCGACAUUAUGGCGAUGUUUGAUAGACGACGUGAAAACAAGCAGACAUUUGAUGAAUCAAGAAAUCUCAAUGUUACGAUACGAGAUUGUAACAACGUGGAUGGACAUAUUGAAUAUAAAAUUGAAAUCUGGCGCAGUCCAGAGCCAGAAGUGAGGUACGGCCUCACCUACAGAUACUCACAGUUUGCUCAACUCAAUGCUUCACUUAGGGCCCCAAAUGUCACAUUGCCUGUGCUGCCUCCUAAGAAGUUUUUUGGCAACACAGACAAAAGUUUUGUCAAUGACAGGAAAGUUGCAUUACAAAACUACAUGGAUGAGCUGACCAAGCAUCCAAUCUUACGACAUCAUCAGGCCUUGAAGAAUUUCCUGGACCCAAGUAACUUCUGCAAUGCUCAUCAUGAGAACGGCACGAUGAGUGUAGCAGCAGUGCUGCGGUCUGGAGGCCGGCUGGAGCUGGGUAGUCCGCUGACUGGCAUAGGCUGGCGCUACCACAAGCAAUACUUCCAUGUAAGUCAAGUGAACAGCGGUUCAGCUGGAGGAGCUGAAGCGUCAUCAGCUGUGUCCAGCUCAUCAUCAUCCCCUGAGCUGACAUCUGCAGCUCUCGCCCACACGCUGCACGUGGCACCGCCCAAAGCAAGCCUCAUGCUGUGGUGGUGUCCAUAUGGCAUCGACAGCUCCAUGCACCUUAGGGACGUCCAUGGCACGCUCACUGCGCUCGUCCAGUGCCAGCAUCCCUACCUGGCGACGACCCUGAGCAGCGUGGCGACUGAGACAGGAGUGUGUGUUACCAUGCCAUACUACCCUCAGGGUUCCCUACGAGACCUGCUGUACGGGUCUCGGCCGGACAACAGCUUCGUCGUGAAGUACGCGAGCAACAGAAGCACGAGCGCUGCCGUGACGGGCGUGUCCAUACGCUCAGCUGCCGUGUACGGUCGUCAGAUCCUCACGGCACUCAACUUCCUGCACCACUUUAUAUCUUGCAACGUACACCUGGGGAACGUGGUGGUGGUGGAGGGCGUGUGCCGUCUCAUGGGCACGGAGAACCUUGUGCUGGGGCUCCCUCAUCCCCUACGCAACCUCUUCACGCACGUCAAAAGCCUCAAUUCCAUUCAGGCGAUUGACGUGUACUGCUUCGGGCACCUGCUGUACGAGGUGGUCAUGAGGCGCUCCCUCACCACACCCACCUGCGAGCUGCUGCCUGCUGAGUGUCCUGCCUUGUGUCGUUCUGUACUGGAGUCCAUCUUCAGCCCUGAGGCUGCCAAGAAUGGCAUGCCUACCAUUGAAGGCCUCCUCACGCAUCCAUUCUUCAAUGAAAUCCCCCUGCACUCGCAUGGUCGCGCCAGCCUCCACCUUCCUGCUAACGUGAAGCAGGCGCUGCUGGCCACGCAUCAGACCAUGCUUAGCAGACUGCUGGCAGACCAGAAGAAGGUUCGUCUGCAGAAGCGCAUCCAGAAGGCAGAAGCGCUCUUGGCCCAGCAGAGCUAUCGCUUCACGCACAGAAAUAAGGAGGCUAAGAAGACAGGCACAAAGUCCGCGGGCGCUACGCCGCCCUCAUCGACCAUCACCAGCCCCGGCACCUCCUCCCAGGGCGCAUCACAGGACAAUCUCAGCCAACCGCGGUAGCAUCCCUACUGGAAUGCCGGCCUAGGUCUCCACCUCGGACCUCUAGCCGCGUCUUGAGCUCUGCGAUGCAAACCUCUUCUCGCCACCAACUUCUUUCUUCUCCCUCUCUCCUUAUCUCACGCUCUUAUCAUCUCUCUAACUCUUAACACAUCUACUCUUAUCAUCUCUCUCACUCUUAACACAUCCACUCUUAUCAUCUCUAUCACUCUUAACACAUCCACUCAUACCGUCUCUCUCACCAUUACCGUCUCUCACUCUUAACACAUCCACUCUUAUCAUCUCUCUCACUCUUAACACAUCCACUCAUACCGUCUCUCUCACCAUUACCGUCUCUCACUCUUAACACAUCCACUCUUAUCAUCUCUCUCACUCUUAACACAUCCACUCUUACCGUCUCUCACUCUUAUCAUCUCUCUCACUCUUACCAUUUCUCUCGCCCAGAUUUUCUUUCACUCGAGCCAUCUAAGAUCUUAUUUUCGACCCCAAUUGUUUUUGUUUUCAUUCGCCCCCCGAUCUCCAUUUCACUAUCGCCCCUUCACACUCCACUCCCCCUCAUUUGCCCGCACUUAUGCGCCCUCUUCACACUCCACUCCCCCUGAUUCGCCCUCUUCACACUCCACUACCCCUCAUUCAUUCGCCCCUCACUUAUGCGCCCUCUUCACACUCCACUCCCCCUCGUUCGCCCUCUUCACACUCCACUCGUGCUCGCAAACUCUCCCCCUCACUCUCCCUCUCUAAUGAUGAUGACGUCUUAUCGUCAAUCAUUUCGCUCCUCCUGCCUUUGUAAAAAAUUUUCGCGUGCCCGUCUUUAACUUAGUUUGCGUUAAAAAGUUCUGUUUUCGCCUUCAUGUCGUGUUUUUGUUCACGUAUAAUGUCACGGUUUUCUCGUAUCUGGAACAGUUCUGCUCUCGGCUUCCUGCUCUCUAGUUUAUAUUAGUUUCUGUGGUUAAGUUUUAUCUAAAGAAUUUCUAUUCUUGUAACGAAUUCUGGU